UAACCGGACGUUCCUUCAGACAGGGAGCUGUCUUGAGAACGCUGCUCUGAGUAAACCUGGUGCUUUCUGACGGGCUGUAUGAGAAACAUCACUUAUUGCUGACUCGUUCAACACAAACAAACAGGAGGCGGUCACAAACAUGUCAGAGGAAGCAAGCAGUCCGCAGGAAGGAAACGGCAAAGUUAGCCGAGUGAUCCGGAUUGGAACCCGCAAGAGCCAGUUGGCUCGCAUCCAGACAGACAGCGUGGCUGACAAGUUAAAGGAACUCUACCCUGAUGUCCACCUGGAAAUAGUUGCCAUGUCAACAACGGGGGAUAAAAUUCUUGACACAGCGUUAUCAAAGAUCGGUGAGAAGAGUUUGUUCACCAAAGAGUUGGAGAACGCCCUGGAGAGGAACGAGGUUGAUCUGGUUGUUCACUCACUGAAAGACCUUCCCACCACUUUGCCUCCAGGAUUCACCAUCGGUGCUGUGCUGAAGAGAGAGAACCCUUACGAUGCCGUGGUGCUACAUCCAAACAAUGCAGGGAAGACUCUGGAAACUCUGCCAGCUAAAAGUAUGAUUGGCACCAGUUCAUUACGCCGCGCUGCUCAGCUGAAGAAAAGAUUCCCCCACCUGGAGUUCAAAGACAUCCGUGGAAACCUGAACACACGUCUGAAAAAGCUGGAUGAAAAGCAGGACUUUGCUGCCAUCAUCCUGGCUGCAGCCGGACUGAAAAGGAUGGGCUGGGAGAACCGAGUCAGCAUGAUCCUGGAGCCUGAAGACUGCAUGUAUGCUGUCGGACAGGGGGCUUUAGCGGUGGAGGUGCGGGCCAGCGAUGCAGAUAUCCUGGAGAUGGUGUCUGUCCUCCAUGACCCCGACACUGUGCUGCGCUGCAUUGCUGAGAGAGCCUUCCUCAAACAACUGGAGGGUGGCUGCAGUGUCCCGGUGGCCGUGCACACGCAGGUGAAAGACUCGCAUCUCUACCUGACUGGUGCUGUGUACAGCCUGGAUGGAUCGGACAGUCUAAAAGAAACAAUGCAGACCAGCAUUGUUGCUGGUGACCAGAGUUUGGAGAAAGUGGAUGAGCAGGUUCAGCGAGUGGGAGUCACGGCCAGUAAAAUCCCAGGUGAUGUCCAGGACAGGGCUGAGCAGCUGGGCGUCGACCUGGCCACCUUACUGCUGAGUAAAGGAGCCAAGGACAUUUUGACGGUGGCUCGGCAACUCAACGACGCCAGAUAAUCUGAGAGAGAAGGGGCUCCAGGCCAUCGCAGCCAUGUUUAAGUGUCAAUCUUUGUUUCC